AUGCAAGCAUAUUCGGCUACAUCAAGAUGCAAUAGAAUACACACAAGCAUAAAAGGAAUGCUGUGCGAUAAAUGCUCAGUCAGGUGCUAUGUGUGCAAAGAAAAUACUCACAUCCAUUCUAUAGAUCUUUUAAUAUGUGAAUUCUGCUUCCACUCCACAUACAAGAACAAAUGCAUCAUGUGUGGUGAAAGAGAUCCAAAGCACAGCGCACACUAUUGUAGAGAAUGCAUUAUCCUUCAGAAACAUAGAGAAGGCUGUCCCAUAUAUACAUAA